GUGCCUAGUCAAUGUCUGACACGGACCAUUACCGGUCCUCCCCUCCUUUGAAACGAGUUGACGGCGCUUCAUGUAAGCACGUAAUGCACCUCCCCUCAGUUAACAUCAAAGUACAAUUUCACUUUACAUAUCUUAGCAUUACUACUUUUUUUCCCCCUCCCACAAGUCCCUCCGCAGUUACAAAUAUCUACAUCUACUGUUUGAGUCAGUCUUGAUCCCGCAGCCAGACAAGCAUUGUCGCCAUGUCGUCGUCGCCAACCGAUCAGUUUGCUGUUCCUAAAGGCUCAACUGUGCUCGUCACGGGCGCCGCGGGCUUUAUUGGAUCUCACAUCGCCGACCAGUUCCUCAAACACGGCUACAAGGUCCGCGGUACCACGCGAAGCCCAGAGAAGAAUGCUUGGAUCAGCAACUCGUUCGACAAAAAGUACGGCCCGGGUAACUUCGAAUUGAUGGCUGUACCAGACAUGGCAGAGCCAAACGCCUUCGCGCAAGUAGUCAAGGGCGUCUCAGCCGUUGUCCACACCGCAUCCAUCUUCACCAUGGACCCCAACCCCGACCACGUGAUACCGGGAACCGUGGCGGGGACGCGGAACGCUCUGGAAUCCGCGGCACGGGAGCCAAGCGUCAAGCGCUUCGUGCUCACGUCCUCUUCGACCGCGGCCUUGAUUCCAAAGCCCAACAACCCCUUCAAGGUCACCACCGAUACGUGGAACGACGAGGCGGUGGAGCAGGCUUAUCGCGACCCACCGCCCUAUGGACCCGAGCACGCGCUGCCUGUGUAUGCAGCCAGCAAGACCUUGUCGGAAAAGGAGGCCUGGAAGUUCAUGGAGGAGAAGCAACCGGGUUUCACCCUGAAUACAGUCGUGCCGAAUCUCAACUUCGGCGCUAGUCUCGACCCCGCCAACCAAGGCCACCCAUCCACUUCGGGCAUUGUUGUGAGUCUCUUCAACGGAGACACCAACGGCUAUCAGGCCAGUGUCCCACCUCAGUACUAUGUCGACGUCCAGGAUGACGCCCUCCUGCAUGUGGCGGCCGCGAUCCUCCCAGAGGUUCAAUCAGAACGUAUCUUUGCGUUCGCCGAGCCCAUAAACGGAGAUCGGAUCCUGGACGUGUUUCGCCGGCUGUACCCGACCCGCAGCUUUGCCUCGCCCUUCCAAGCCGGGGAGGAUCUGAGCGAGAUUGUUCCUCGUCAGCGGGCGGAGGAUCUGCUACGAAAGAUGGGCAAGGACGGGUGGACAGGGUUGGAGCAGAGCAUCAAGUGGAACACCGAGGAUCUUGUCUAAAAGGUGUCAAGGGUGUUGUUGGUGCAUUAGUAACGCAGCUUGGUACGGCCACGGGAAGUUGGCGUAACGUACCGUAUGUAUAUUGUGGGGUAACUAUCCCUGAAUCACAUUGUAUAUACCGGAUCUAGCCAGUGGUACCUGCAUAGAUUUACUCAUGUUUGUGUGAAACAUGAGUUUUCCGCUUGAGCAUAGCAUAAGACCUGCAUCGGAACAUUGACGAUCCAAUCGGGCAUCACAAGCCUAAAAGACAAGAGUGGUGGGUGUAUGCUACUCACUUUGACUUAGAAUCAGCCUUAUCGGCGUUAUGGAUCCGUCCUUGUCAUCCACAUCGGCGUUCUCAGUCGGCGUUUCCAUUCCCGAGUUGAGUGGAACUCAGUGGCCUUGAGCCUGCUUUUGGUGCCGUACCGUUCAGAUUGGGAAGUGAUCAGUGGAAGACAUGCGCAAACAGUGAGGCACCUCGUUCGUUCGGGACAAUGCGUUCGGCGAAUCGGCG